CUGGGGCGCUGCGGGGAGGCGCGCCGGGAGGAGAGGGCCGCGAGUGGCAGACCUCAUUUUCUUUAUUCCCUUCUAGUCUCAUCUCGGCCUUUGAGCUUCUCUGGCCUGUUCCCCUGGGCUAAGUCGGCAACAUGAGCCGCAACAACUUGGAUGGGAAAGACGACUUUGACGAGCAGUUGCGAUUGCAAAAAUUGUACGGAGACACCCACGAUGGAGACACCCAGAAAGGUCCAGGUAGAGAAAACAAUUCUUUCGAGCAGCAGCCAGAUGACACCCCCUAUGAGUGGGACCUGGAUAAGAAGGCUUGGUUCCCCAAGAUCACUGAAGAUUUCAUUGCUACAUAUCAGGCCAAUUAUGGCUUUUCUAAUGAUGGUGCGUCUAGCUCUACUGCAAAUGUACAAGAUGUUAAUGCUAGGCCUGCAGAAGAACCUCCGCAAAGAAAAAACCCUGAACCCACUGAUCCCAAAAAGAGAGGAGAAAAGAGAAAGGCUGAAUCAGGGUGGUUUCAUGUUGAAGAAGACAGAAAUACAAAUGUAUAUGUGUCUGGUUUGCCUCCAGACAUUACACUGGAUGAAUUUAUACAGCUCAUGUCCAAGUUUGGCAUUAUUAUGAGAGAUCCUCAAACAGAAGAAUUUAAGGUCAAGCUCUACAAAGAUAAUCAAGGAAAUCUUAAAGGAGAUGGGCUUUGCUGUUAUUUGAAGAGGGAAUCUGUGGAUCUUGCAUUAAAACUUUUGGAUGAAGAUGAAAUUAGAGGCUACAGACUACAUGUCGAGGUGGCAAAGUUUCAACUGAAGGGAGAAUAUGAUGCCUCUAAGAAGAAGAAGAAGUGCAGGGAUUACAAGAAAAAGCUAUCUCAGCAACAAAAGCAAUUGGAUUGGAGACUUGAGAGAAAGGAUGGGUCAAUCUGAAUGCCCCAUGAACGAGUUGUCAUCAUCAAAAAUAUGUUUCAUCCUAUGGAUUUUGAGGAUGAUCCGUUGGUGCUAAAUGAGAUCAGAGAAGAUCUUCGUGUAGAGUGUUCGAAGUUUGGACAAAUUAGGAAGCUUCUUCUGUUUGAUAGACACCCAGAUGGUGUGGCCUCUGUGUCCUUCAGGGAACCAGAGGAAGCUGAUUAUUGUAUUCAGACUCUGGAUGGACGGUGGUUUGGUGGUCGUCAAAUCACUGCCCAAGUAUGGGAUGGAACUACAGAUUAUCAGGUGGAGGAGACCACAAGAGAAAGGGAGGAAAGGCUGAAAGGAUGGGAGGCUUUCCUUGAGUCUCCUGAGGCCAAUAAAGGUCUUCGGCGUUCAAAUUCCAUCUGUGCUUCAGAAAGGGCAGGGCCUUCUAGAGUAAGGCAUUUUUCAGAGUGCCCUAGCACAUCUAAAAUGAAUGAUGAAGAAGCUGAAACUCAAAUGGAAUUUGAAGAGCCUGUAGAUGAAAAGAAGUUUGAAAAAUCAGAAGAUGGGGGAGAAUUUGAAGAAGAUAUUGAAGAAAGUGGCUUCAAAAAAGAGGCUGAGAAACACUACCCCCAGAAAGAAUCUGAAGAAGGCUGCCUUGAAAGAAAGUCUGAGGAAGGCUGCCCCCAAAAAGAGUUUGAAGAGGGUGGUCCUAAAAAUGAGUCCAAAGCGAAUGGCCCCGGAAGAGAAUCCAAAAAGAAGCUACUCAAAAGUGAUUUUGAAGAGAAUGGCUUUAAAAAGGAGUCUGGAGAAGAUCGCCCCAACAAGGAGUCUGAAGAAGACUACUCUGAAAAGCUCUUUGAAGACAGCUCUGAAAAAGAAUUUGAAGAAAAUGACCUCAGAAAAGAAUUUGAUGAGAAUGGCUCUGAUGAGUUUAAUGGAAGCUUUCUCAAAAAAGAGUUAGAAGAAAAUGACUCUGAAAGGUCACAAUUUGACGAUGACAGCUCUGAAAAGGUUAUUGAUGAGGAAGGCUCUGAGAGAGAGUUUGACGAUGAAGAAUCAGAUGAAGACGGAGAAGAAGAUACUUAUGAAAAAGUUUUUGAUGAUGAGUCUGAUGGAAAAGAGGCCAAAGAAGAUGCAGAUGAAAAGGAGGAAGAUGAUGAUGCAGAUGAGAAGAUGUGUGAAUAUUCAGAUGAAAAAGAAGGUGAAGUAGAUGCAAAGGAGGAUGAAAACAUGCUCGAAGAUGAAGAUUCCUCUGAGAAAUCUGAUGAUUCUGAUGAGAAAGGGACUGUGUGUUGUAUGAGGAAUGUUCAGGGAAAAAGGGCCCAGUCCACAUACAGCAGCUUUAUCCUCAGUAGUGAUGAUGAUGACGAUGAUGAUGAUAAUGAUAAUGAUAUUUAAUCCCUUAAACUUGCUUUUGAGGGAAAUUCCUCCAUCUACAUUUUGCCUAUGCUCCAGGGUAAUUACUAGUAGUGUUAAUAAACAUUGCAUAGUGAUAGGAUGCCAUCAGAUUAAUGCAUUUACUUUUGCAUUGUUACCUGUACUUAAUGAUCUCAAAUAUAUGUUAAUUGGCUGUUCAGUUAAAACUUCAUAGUAUAAUACAAGUAAACUGAUUACUCAUCCUUUGUCAGAUUUGUUAAAUGCAUGCAGAAUAUUUUUUAAAGUAUUCUGAUUGAAGUUUGUGAUAUUCAAAAAUAAAAAUAAGUUGUUAAUAUGCAGAAACUGAAAAUUGGACUUGCGUUAAGUUGCAUUUUAUGUUCUUGCUAUUGCUUUAUUCAUACUUAAGGUUUUAGUUGUUUAAGGAUUUGAAAAAUCCUAUGAGAGUUUCCUUGCUUCCAUCUUAUAUUACCACUUAGGUCCCCAUUUCUCCACUCUAAACCAGAACAUGUUACUAAACUAAUAAUGUAAACAGCACUUUGGAGUUUUCCCCUGCCCAGUCCUAGCAACUUAUUUUUAUUUGUUUUCCUUUCUACCCUCUUUCCAUGAAAAUUGACUCUUACAUGUGCAAGAGUAAACUUCCUGAGGUCCAUCCACAGCUUUCUUUACUGAAAAUAUAGGGAAGGGCAUUAGAAUUCUGCUCUGUACUGUUUGGCCCCUUUAGAAGUUGAUUGGAGUUGUGGAACCUCUCCCCAAAAAAGUGCAUGCACUACACAACUUUUUGUAUACAGUUUUGGGAGGUUCAUUGAUCCCCUGGAGUUUAAGAAUGUCUGUUAUCAUUCAUACUUAAAUUUUGUGUGUGUUUUUGUUCUAGUAUGGUGCCUAGUACUGUGCUAAAUUGUGUAGUCCCAAUAAAAUGUUGGGUCUUUCUUAUGCUUUCAAAGUUAAGUAUUGACUCAUUGACUUCUGAUGUAGCAUUAAGCACUUGUUCUCGUAAAUUAGAAGUACUGAAAUAAACUGCAUUGAUGUUUUUUCAUUA